AGAGAACCCUUAACGUUAAAACCUCAAGCUUCCGGAGCAUGUCGGCGGGAGGGACUUAACAGCGGAACCCAACAUCUCCAGGUGCCGUUUUCCAGCCGGAGUCAGGGUCAGAGGCAGCCUUUCCUACUGCGCAGGCUCAGUGCUGCUUAUCCAUCAUGGAAGCAAUGUGGCUCCUGUGUGUGACGGCGGCGGGCUUGGCAUGGGGCUUCCUCUGGGUUUGGGACUCCUCAGAACGAAUGAAGAGUCGGGAGCAGGGAGGACGGCUGGGAGCCGAAAGCCGGACCCUCCUGGUCAUAGCGCACCCUGACGAUGAAGCCAUGUUUUUUGCUCCCACAGUGCUAGGCUUGGCCCGCCUAAGGCACUGGGUGUACCUGCUCUGCUUCUCUGCAGGAAAUUACUACAAUCAAGGAGAGACUCGUAAGAAAGAACUUUUGCAGAGCUGUGAUGUUUUGGGGAUUCCACUCUCCAGUAUAAUGAUUAUUGACAACAGGGAUUUCCCAGAUGACCCAGGCGUGCAGUGGGACACAGAGCACGUGGCCAGAGUCCUCCUCCAGCACAUAGAAGUGAAUGGCAUCAAUCUGGUGGUGACUUUCGAUGCAGGGGGAGUAAGUGGCCACAGCAAUCACAUUGCUCUGUAUGCAGCUGUGAGGGCCCUGCACUCAGAAGGGAAGUUACCUAAAGGGUGCUCUGUGCUCACGCUUCAGUCUGUGAAUGUGCUGCGCAAGUACAUCUCCCUUCUGGAUCUGCCCUUGUCUCUGCUUCAUACUCAGGAUGUCCUCUUCGUGCUCAACAGCAAAGAAGUGGCACAGGCCAAGAUCACACAAAAAUUGGGAAGAGAAGGAUGUCAACUAGACUACAUCAAAAUCUGGGCAGAGGGAGGACAAAGAGCUGCCUAAAGAAACUGGUAGCUGGAGCAAACUGCAGAGAUCAAGAUGGCCCUAGUCAACGGAACCAGCAGCCCAGGUCAGCCACAUUCAGGAGCACCACCGAGGCACGGCAGGGAGAGCAAAGUUGCUGGCCCCAAUCAUUCCUCCUUUUCAGGGCAGGAGAGGCAGAAGCUCACUCUUUAGACAUGUUCUUGAUGGUCUUGUGCUCUUUCAUGGCCUUCUCCCAAUCGCUGCCAUUGAAUUCCUCAGUGACCAUACUCCGCACAGUGCCCUCAUCCAGGCAGUGGGGGGCGAUUCCUAUGAGAAAGUGGCACAGACAAAGGGGGAUCCUCAGUAUGGGUGAGACCAGAUGGUGUUCCUGGAUAAGCCCCCACCUGCAGGCAUCAUCACGCUACACAUUAGGGCUUCCAAAGGAUAUGCCACAGCUUAUGGCUUCAGCGAUGAGACCCACAGGCUGCCAGCUGGCUCAGAAAGCACUGGCUCCAGCCUACCGCUUCAGCCCUCUGGCUCACUUUCCUCAACUGCCAGAUGGGAAUCACACUCCCUGAACCAGGGAUGGCCAAGGCUAGACAUCAUUCAAUACCAAGUUGAGAGUGCAACAUGCACAAAGGCACAGCCCAGAGCAAUCUCUGACUGGAGGCCUAAAGAAUUCACAGGCCUUUCCUGUGUUUAGAUAGAUAACUUUCCUUCCUUUUUUUUGAGAUGGAGUUUAGCUCUUGUUGCCUAGGCUGGAGUACAAUGGCGUGAUCUUGGCUCACUGCAACCUCUGCCUCCCGGGUUCAAGUGAUUCUCCUGCCUCAGCUUCCCAAGUAGCUGGGAUUACAGGCGUGUGCCACCAAGCCUGGCUAAUUUUGUAUUUUUAGUAGAGACGGGGUUUCUCCAUGUUGGUUAGGCUGGUCUCGAACUCCCAACCUCAGGUGAGCCACCACGCCUGGCCUUAGAUAACUUUCUAAGAAUUAAACGUCUUCCCAUUUGUACAGGAUUUCAUACUUUUCAAAACUCUUUCCUGUUCUGCAAGGUAGACAGGAAAGAGUCUCCAUGUGACAGAUGAGGAAUAGGAGCCCCUGAAGCAAUGGGGGAGGGGUAAGGAUGACAUCAUGCCCUGCCCUGCCUCCCCCGCCCACCCCCACCACCACCAUAAGGUAAAAGACACUGACAGUCAUAGCUGCUUUCGCAGCUCUGGAGACUGCACUGACACAGAAUAAGAGUCCUCAGGAACAUCUUCCACCUCUGCUUUCCCCUUCAAUUCACACUACAAUUGGCAUGAUUCUCAACAACUGUCAGAGGGUUAGUUUUAUUACUCCCCAGGCCCUGAAGCGGGGCUUGGAGGGUUCCCUGCUUGUUUAUUAUUUUUUAAAAAGAACAGAGAUACGGUUUCGCUAUGUUUCCCAGGCUGGUCUCAAACUCCUGAGCUCAAGAAAUCCUCCUACCUUGGCCUCCCAAAGUGCUGGGAUACAGGCGUGAGCCACCGCAGCCAGCCAGUCCUGCCUAAUUUUUGAACAACCAAAAAGCUUUCAAAUGCCAUUAUCAAUGCUCCCCAAUCUUGCCUCCUUCACUCCCUUAACCUCUGUCAUUAUUAAAGCUGCCUCCCCUGGCCCCACAAGCCCAUCUCCCCACCCCUCUCCUCCCUACCCUUCAACACCAUCCCCAGCAACACCAGCCCUGGCAGCACCAGUGAAUAAGAAUCACAACCUGGAUGGGCUCCAAGUCCAACUUCACCACAUUCAGAUAUGGAAUUCAGAAAAGUUUCACCAGAGCCCGACUCACAUUCUAUCAUGUGGAAAGCCCUCUGCCGAGGAGUCCUGCUCCUCUAAGAUACGCAUGUGACAGGGUCUAGUCAGCGUCCCACCUGUCCAAACAAGACUUUAAGUGAGAGCACCACAGGCCUCUCUGUGUCCCCCUGAGCUUACAGUCCAUCCCCUUUACUCACCGAAGCCUCCAGGGUUUGACCGUGGAGUAUAGAAGCUCUGAACGCCACAUCUCUUACAGAAGGUGUGCUGGGCUUUGUGAGUAUUGAACGUGUAAGUCGUUAUGUGCUCAGCUCCCUAGGUGAAAACAGACAAACAGGUGUUCUUUUUUACAAAGAGAUUGAUUGAUUGAUUGAUUGAUUGAUUGAUUGAUUGAGACAGAGUCUCCCACUGUCUCUCAGGCUGGAGUGCAGUGGCGUGAUCUUGGCUCACUGCAACCUCCACCUGCACGGGUUCAAGAGAUUUUCCUGCCUCAGCCUCCCAAGUAGCUGGGAUUACAGGCGCGUGCCCCCAUGCCUGGCUAAUGUUUUGUAUUUUUAGUACAGACAGGGUUUCACCAUGUUGGACAGGAUGGUCUUGAACUCCUGACCUCGUGAUUCACCUGCCUUGGCCUCCCAAAAUGCUGGGAUUACAGGUGUGAGCCACCGCACCCUGCCCCAAAGACAUUUAUUUUUAUGUCACUUAAAAAAUACACCUUUGUAGCCGGGUGUGGUGGUGGGCGCCUGUAGUCCCAGCUACUCGGGAGGCUGAGGCAGGAGAAUGGCAUGAACCUAGGAGGUGGAGCUUGCAGUGAGCCGAGAUCACGCCACUGCACUCCAGCCUGGGCGACAGAGCGAGACUCCCUCUCAAAAAAAAAAAAAAAAAAAAAAAAAAAAAAAAAAAAAAAAUAUAUAUAUAUAUAUAUAUAUAUAUAUAUACACACCUUUGGCCAGGCAUGGUGGCUCAUGCCUGUAAUCCCAACACUUUGAGAAGCUGAGGCAGGCGGAUUGCUUGAGCCCAGGAGUUCAAGACCAACCUGGGCAACAUGGCAAAACCCUGUUUCUACAAAAAAAUACAAAAAUUAGCCAGGUGCAGUGGUGCACAUCUGUAGUCCCAGCUACUUGGGAGGCUGAGGUAGGAGCAUCAGUUGAGCCUGGGGAAGUGGAGGCUGCAGUGGGCUGAGAUCACACCAUUAAAAAACAAAUUUUGAAACAACUUAAUGGCAGGAGCUCUUUUGUAGGGCUCUUUGUAUUAAGAGGCCAUUUCCUAUCUCCUGUAAGAGACUGGGACCUUCUUGAGGACAGAGACCCAUCUACACUAUCCAGAGACAUGUCAGUCUGGAGCGUGACAGCUCACAGCUUCCCUUAGGUCAACGGCACACAGAAUUCAGCCUUGAGCGUUCCCUGAUACAUCACAUCAGGGAUGGAAAGUGCUCGCUUCCCAGGGCCUACGUGGAGAGACAGUUCACCCAACGGACUGGCUCUCCAUGUCCCCAAACAGAACGGCUCAAGGUCUUAAGAAAACUGAUGGCUGUGCUUAAUUUAUCCACAAAGGACAAACCAGGAAAAAAAUAUUUGCCAGACGUCAUAGACAGGCUAAUUUCCUUAAUGGAUAAUACAAAUGGGAGACUGGACAAAGGACAUGAAUGGACAGUUCAGAUAGAAAGAAAAAUAAAUCGCUCUUUACCCUAUGAAAUGCUCACCCAAAGGAAUUUCAAUGAGAUGUAUUUCACUGUCAGGUGGGCAAAAUCAAAGCCGUUAACAUGGUAUUGACAAGUAUGUAGAGAAAUAUGUGCUCACAUAUAUCAGUCACAGGAAUAGGAAUUGGUACAAUUUAGCAACAUCUACCAAAAUUUUAAAGUGUACAUAUGCUUUAGCACACAAUUCCAUUUCUUGAAAUUUACCAUACAGAUAUAUUCCAAAUGUCUCAACGACAUAGGUAUAUAGAUACUAUAGCACUGUUUAUAAAGGCUAAAGAUUAGAAAAAUUGAAAAUGUCCAUCAAUAGAGGACCAGUUAGGCAAUAUGGACACUCAUAAAAUGGAAUACUCUCCAACUUUGUAGAGAAGAAUGAGACAGCUCUACAAAACUAACAUGGAACAAUUGCCAAGGUUACAAAGUUAAGCAAGGUAUAGGCCAGGCGCAGUGGCUCAUGCCUGUAAUCCCAGCAUUUUGGGAGGCCAAGGUGGGCAGAUCACUUGAGGUCAGGAGUUCAAGACUAGCGUGGCCAACAUGGCAAAACUUCGACUCUACUAAAAAUAUAAAAAUUAGCCAGAUGUGGUGGCGGGCACCUGUAGUCCCAGCUACUCAGGAGGCUGAAGCAGGAGAAUCACUUGAGCCUGGGAGGCGGAGGUUACAGUGAGCCGAGAUCGCACCACUGCACUCCAGCCUGGGCGACAGAGUGAGACUGUCUCAAAAAAAAAGUUAAGCAAGGUAUAAAACAACGUAUGUGGUAUACUACCAUUUUUUUUUUUUUUUUUAAGGAUAUAUACUGUUUAUGUGUGGUGUUUUUGUUUUGUUUUGUUUUUUUUGAGACAAGGUCUCACUCUGUUACCCAGGCUGGAGUGCAGUGGUAUGAUCACAGCUUAUUGCAGCCUUGACCUCCCAGGUUCAAGUGAUUCUCCCACCUCAGCCUCCCAAGUAGCUGGGACUAUAGGCAUGCAACACCACGCCUAGCCGAUUUUUUAUUUUUUGUAGACAUGGGGGUCUCACUAUGUUGCCCAGGCUGGUGUUGAACUCCUGGGUUCAAGUGAUCUGCCCGUCUUGGCCUUCCAAAGUGCUGGGACUACAGGCAUGAGCCACUGUGCCUGGCCUGUAUGUGCUUUUAUAUGCAUAUGUAUCUUUGAAGAGGGAUCCAAGAAACAGUGGCUUACCUUUAGGGAGAGAAAUCAGACAGCUGGAGGGGAAGGGGUGGAGGUUUCUUAUCAUUGUUAACCCUCUUUACGCUUCCCCAGCCAUACCAUCCAGAAUUGAGCUUCCUAUAGAAAUAGCUCCCCGAGGAGCCUUGCUCACUCCAUAGCCACUGCAGCACAGAAAAGCAGUGAAGGACUGCCAAGUGGUCCCAAGCCAUUCAGCAUUAUCCGGAUGGAAUUAAAGCCCUGCCCAACCCCACACCACCCAUAAUGUGCUAAAAGUCUUUUUAAAAAAAAAUCUGUAUUCUUUAACCUGGAGAUUUUCUUUCUUUCUUUUUUUAACUGCUCCUUGUGGAGCAGGGUGUAGGAAGUGUGCCCAGAAUAGCCAGAGAACUUAUUUCUAAGAGAAUUGAUCCUAAAGAAGAAAUUUCUAAAUUGUCAAAAAUUUAUACUAAGGAGGUUCACCACAGUGUUGUUGAUAAUCAGAAAAAAACUGGACUCAACUGCAGUGAUGCAGAGACAGUGACAGGAUAAGCAGACCAGGAAAUCGGCUGUGGGGAAGAGGGAGACUGGGGCAUGGGGACAGUAGGGAAAGACUUUUCACUGUGUAUAUACACAUUCUUCUACCUCUCAAAUUUUGUACCAAGUACAAAAAAUUCCCCAAAAUAAUAAAAUUAAAGUUAAAAAUAA